AGGAAGGCAAGAGCAAGAGAGGAGCAAGAGAGAACCGGAAAACAAAAUAUUCUUUUAAAGAUUUUAGCAGGUCUGGUGAUGUACCCCUUUAAUCCUACCACGUGAAAGGCAGAAGCAGACAGAUCUCGCUGAAUUCAAGGCCAGAUUUGCUCUUUGCUGCCAGAUCCCCGCCAUCAUGUACGCUCCGGCAAGGGCCUGUCCCAGUCAGCUCUGCCCCUACAUCCAUAAGCCCUGCAUCCUGAAGUGGUUGAAGUUGAUGUCUGAUGACAUGAAGGAACAAAUUUACAAGUUGGCCAAGAAAGGCCUAACUCCCUCCCAGAUAAGUGUGAUCCUGAGGGACUCACAUGGUGUGGCACAGGUCCGUUUUGUGACCGGAAAUAAAAUCUUGAGAAUCCUUAAGUCCAAAGGCCAUGCCCCUGAUCUUCCUGAGGAUCUCUACCAUUUGAUUAAGAAAGCAGUUGCUGUCCGAAUGCACCUUGAGAGGAACAGAAAGGAUAAGGAUGCUAAAUUCCACCUGAUCCCGAUAGAGAGCAGAAUUCACCGGUUGUCUCCAUACUAUAAGACUAAGUGGAUGCUCCCACCCAAUAGGAAAUAGGAGUCAUCACAGCCUCUGCUCUAGUGGCAUAAAUGCUGUUGUGUACAUAAGCACUUUGAGUAAAAA